UCGUCUCUUGACCACCGGUGUCAGCCAAUAUUGGAUAAGAAUGCCUAUAAUGCUACCUGGGGGCUCAUGAAGCGUCUUUCCUUCCGAGCCUCCCCCAACCUGCGGCCAUAGAAUCAAGUCGCAUUCAAGCUCCAACACUCUGCUUUUGAAGCAACCAAUGCACCCAUGGCUUCCGCCGAGAUCCCGCUCAUGCUCGAUGCAGCAAUGGACGUUGACAUGGAUGUCAACGUUGACAACGCCCUAGACGCCAUGGGCCACCCAAUGCCGGCGAACUUCGACCUGUUUGGGGACCCCCUGCGGCCAUCUAUUGCAAGCAAACGGCUCCUCCAACGGCUGGAUGAGUUAAGAACACGCGGCUGCUGCCAGGGCAUUGCCUGGUCCAGGCAGGGGACAAUUGCGUCGAUCUCCAAGGAUGGCCGGUCCAUCGACCUACGGUUUCUACGCUGCCGUCCAGAGACCGGUACCUGGGGCUUGAGUGAACCUACCCUCUGCUCUGUCUUUUCAAGUGCCAUCCCAGGCUGCCCGGUCACCCACCUGGCCUGGGCAUCCACCUCAAGUCCCGAGCUGGCCGUCAUCGAUUCUGUUGGCCGGGUCACCAUACUAAGCUUCUCCAUCAGCCUCAACCGCCCUUAUCUGCUUCGCAGAUGGGAUGCGGACUUGGUAGACGACCUUCACGCUGUCGUUGGCUGUUACUGGCUACCCCUGGGGCCUCAAGGCAGACAGUACCAUAUAAUGUAUGGCCCAGCCGUCUACGAAGCCAGCAAUUACAAAUACGAGACUUCUAUAGUUCCUGCUUUCGGCCCUUGGCAUCCAAACCCGACCAAGAGCUCCUUGCUCUGUGUCACCACCAAUGGCCUCCUGAAACUCUUCUUCUCUCAGAAUAACAGCAAGAUAGAGGAGACAACCCUAGAUCUAGAGAGUGUCACAUCACCGGACGAUCUGAUCACCCAUGCAUCGCUAUGUUCUGACCGGGGCACGGUUAUUAUUGCGGUUGCCACGUCCUCAAAGCAGCUCAAAGUUGUUCGUGCAACAAUUCAGUGGGGGUUGCCGCAGUCAGACAAGCAGGUGCCUCACGGGAGUGUACCACUCAACCCAACUCUCAGGCAGAAGCGGAUCGCUGUCACGAGCUGGUUUCAACAUGGACCAAGCCAAUCCCAUCUCGACACUUCCAUGGCACAGCUUUCUCACAUGGAGGUUCUACCAUCGGCUUUAGAAGGUGCCCCAGUUGGUAGCGCCCCGUCACUCUCCUCUCCGCUCCUCCUUACUGUGCGGUCUCAUGCGGCUGCCGAACACUCCCCCUACAAUCAAGACCAACAGAGCAUUGUCGAUCGCUGGGAGAUCCUCAAUGAGCAGCCGCAGAGCCUCCAUUCUGCACUUGAACAACUCGGCUCACGUGCUACAUCGGGAUCAAACCUUCCAAUGUCCCGCCUACGCAAACUCGAUUCUAUCGUGAUACCCAAAAUUAUCAUCUCCAUACACCCAAUGCAACUUGGGCAAGUCAUUUGCUUUGCCUUCAGCGACGGAACGGUUCAAUACCGGCACCGCCUUACGAUGAACGAGAUAUAUAAUGAACCAAAUAUCCACAAGAUCAUGACUCUUGGUCAAGUUGGGUUUCAGUUUGCAGAAGAGUCUCCUUGCCUCCAGGUAGCCUUCUCGCCCACGAACAGUUCUUUCGUGCAGAUAUGCGAAGACAACAAGAUCAAAUGGAAUAGCAUGAAGUACGCCUCCGAGGAUUUUGACUCCUCGAUGAAGGAUAUUAGUCAAUACGCUGCUGUUGUGGCAGCUCUGAGCGUUGCAACAUCGUCCGCCGCGAUACAGCAGAUGAAUUAUGACGACAUCUUGGCCAUUUCUAGGCCGUUUGCCAAGAAUCCCCGUUUCUCGUACGAUUGGAUCAUGGAGAUAGUUAGGAUGCUUAAAAUCGCCGUCGACUACUCGGAGGAAGCUCACCAUGACCAACUCGUAAGAAACAACAACCUGCAGCUGUGCCUUAGCAUUCUCAACCAUCUUGGCUUCCAAGGAGAAUUACAGCCCCGUUCCUUCGGCGGCAAGUUCGCCAUGCUCGCCUUGAACGUCCGGAAUAUUGUCAUCCUCAUCAGCAUAGCUAGUAAUACCCCGCCGCAAAUGAAGGAUAAGCUCAACCCGCUGGACGAACCCGAGGUGGUUGAUGCACUUGCAGGAUGCGCCAAAUGGGCACUAGACCUCCUGGCUUGGCUAGCCGAUUGCCUCUUCAAUCUUCUCGGAGACGAGAGAUUCAUGGCCAUCCUGAGGAACCAGAAGAGGUUCUUCGAGAUGACAGCCUAUUUGCAAUCCCAGAACGAUGUCUCCCUGCAUCUGCUCCUCUGCUCGUCGACGCGCGGCUUCCUGUCGGCCGCCUGUCGCCGCCUAAUCCAUCUUGAUAGCCUCAGUCAGCGCGCAAUCACAUACUACGAGAACAAAGCGGCCGCGCAAAGUGUCACCGACCCAGACGGUACGCCGCCUCGCACACCGUGGCCGCUGUAUCAUGCGUACCAGAAGGUGCAGCGCUUCACCUCCGGCAGCCUCGUCAAGGUCGCCGAGUUCGACAAGCUCCUCAGCACGCUUAGCCAGGAGAUCCGGUCUGCAUACCAAAACAGCCUCCCGGGUCUCUCUACGCAGGGUAGGCCGCAGAACCCGCCGCAGGGCCCUCAGACGGGUGGCACCAAUGACCCGGCGGUUAAGCGCGCCCAGGUACACUGCGAGCUCGGCAUGCUCCUCGCCGCGAGCCCGCCGCCAAGCUUCCAGGGGGUCCUGGUCAACUUCUUCGACAACUCCCUCAAGACCUUUCGUGCCAAGACUGAUCCGGCCGAGCUGUUCUUUGCGAACUACGAUCUCCUGGAGGUCGAUGAUAACCGGAAGAUGCUGGCGGCGAAGAAGGCCAGCGGUCGAUACGUCGACGUAUUCAAGCGCUUCGAGCUAGUGGCCGACGCAAGAAUCGGCAGGGGGGCGGGUGGCUCGCUGACCGCCGGCGAGGGGACCGCGGCGGAGGACGUGGACUUGCAGUGGCGGAGGUGCGUCCGCUGCGCAUCGGUCAUGGAGAAUGUCUACGGCCAGAGACCAGGCUUCACCUUUGUCCUGGCCCAGCAGCGGAAGUGCUCGUGCGGCGGCAGCUGGGGGAUAUUGCCCAAGGGUUCACUGGUUAAUUAGCCCAGGGUUCUGAUGGUCGCCCUCGAAUGUACUAUGUAUGAUACUACAACGCGAAUUAGGUCUUAUCGUGGUCCCGAUUUUUUACCUACCCAACAUCCUCAUAUCGUCACGAUUU